AUGGCGGCCGCCGAACUGACCGCAGGAUUAGCCGAAUCGAUCGUCCCAGUGACAGUUUUACAAGGUCAAGUAUCGCUAUUUGGUGAACAGUGGUCCCGCUCACCUCCGCACCCGCCCCGUACGGUCCAGCACCGUAUGCACUUGGUAGCCAGUAUCUUUGGAUCGUUCGGAGACCGUGCCGAGUGUUGGCGCGUCGCCACCGGCCGGCGACAGCGCGGCCACCAACACAGAUACCUCACAGUGUCACACGCAGACAGCGCGGAAUGUUGCGUGAGCGGGGCGUUACGUAGCGGCAUGGCGUCCGAGGCGCGCGCGCGUUCGCCGCCAGAGGGCGCGCGCCGCCGCGACCGCGAUGUUAGGUCCCCGUACGUGACGCUGGGCGCCGUGCGGUACGCCGUGCGCCGCGUGCCGGCCCCGCGCGCCUGCCCCUGCCGCUGCUGCUCCGAGGAGGCGCUGGCCGCCUGCCUGCCGCGCCCCGCCGCCCCGCGCCCCGCCGCCCCGCGCCCCGCCGCCCCGCGCCCCGCCGCUCCGCGCCCCGCCGCCACGCGCCCCGCAGCCCCGCGCCCCGCCGCCCCGCGCCCCGCCGCCCCGCGCACCUCCGCCCCGCCCGCCCGCACGCUGGAGCGCCUCCAGCGCCGCCUGGGCCGCGCGCGCGACGAGCGGCCCUCGCGCCACCAGCGCCUGCAGGCGCUCACCGAGCGGCUGCUGCCGCGCGCCCACCAGCCCCCGCCCCCGCCGCCGCCGCCGCCGCCCCCGCCCCCUCCGCCCCCGCACUCGGCCCCCGUGCUGCCGCCGGUGCCGCCGCCCCGCGCGCGGCAUAAACAUAGCCCCCCGCGCGGCGCUUCGGUCGACCGCUGCGACGAGUUCGACGCCGACAAUAUCACGCUCGUCCGCGUCGAGCCUCGUUCCAUCGUCGGUUCCUACGCCCAGAGGACGAUUCCGUACCGCAGCGCCUCUUUCUCCCAGGGCGACUUCGCGCCGGACAAGUACUAUCGCGCGACGCGUCAGCCGUCCGUUUUCGACUUCGGACGGCGGCCGGCGCGGACCGAAGCGGCGCGCGUCGAGUCGGUCGACUUCGGAGGCGACGACGCGAGCGGAUCCGUGGCCUCCGUCGACUCGGCGGUGGGCUCCGACGAGGGCUUGCUCGCCCACGCCUCGCCGGCCCCGCGGUCGCCCCCUCCGGAGGCUCAACUCAAACAGCUGAGUGCGCGCUCGUUAACGCAUCCGCUGCCGCGUCGCGGAACGGAGCGAGCGCUCGCGGCGGAACAGUCGGGCGGUGGCGGCAGUCUUCCCGCGCUCAUGGCGCCCCGAGUGCUGCACGAACUACGCGAGGAGAGUGACGGUUCUCAGGCAGACAGUGCGCAGCCGCACAGCGAGGGCACCUCCCCUUUAGAAUCCGCGCGUCCCUUCGCCUUCCCGCCGCUGCCGGAUCCGCCCCCCGCGUGUGUCAAUCCAGAUUGUGAGUGUGCCGAAAUUACCGAGUCCGCCGAGGACCCCGCGUGUGAUCUCGAGAGUUCGAUUCCGGUACCGGUGUACGAGUGUAUAGUGAAACAGUGGUCGAAGGAGUUACCGUCGGAUGAGCCGCUGCGAUCGGACGCUGCGUCGGAUGGUUCUUUAGACAGAGACAAAGAGGACGAGACUAUAACGAGUGAACAGGUCGCAGAUUUACUUGCCGCCGUGCAAAACCCUCGAUCGCAGGCCCCUAUAGGAGCGCGAGAGAGACGAAGGCCGCUUGAUAAAAUGAAGAGAAGAAAAGGAAUAUACAUAACGACGGCUAGCGACGAUGGAGGUGAAGAUGAACCACCGUCAGUAAACGGCAAACGGGAGAGUGGCGAGGCUUCCCCGCGCGAGACUCGCCUUUCAGACGAAGUUCGUACGUCCUCGGUGCUCGGAGAUAAAUCAGACGAUUCCUUUACGAACGGGCCUCCCAGCCCAUCGGAUACCCCUCAUUUAAUGUGGCCCCGGUCUGAGGAAUUGCGAAUGAGGCGAUCUAGAUUUUCCCACCAAAGCUCCGAUGAAAAAGACGACGAUUCUUAUCGAAGUAGGAGAAAAUUCGGAGUUGUCUCUCGAGGGGAUUCACCUUCAGAAGCAGAGAGCGAUUCAUAUUCUCGGGAUCGCACCGCAUCACCAUCACCUUUUAGUCCGUCAGAUACUUCGGACGUGGAGACGAGAAGACAGCAAUUCGCCCGGCCUUUCGGAAAGAAUUUAGAGACACCGAGUCGUGAAAGUGGAAGACGUAGUUUCUCGGAUGCCACAGUUCCUUCUCGCAAGUGGAGUGGAGGAACAGGCUCUGGUGCAGUAGGAGGUCGGGGUCGAGGUGCCACACACGUGCGUGCCACCUCCUCGCCCUCAAAGUUGGCGAGCGCCCGCGCCGGCGCUGAACUUCUGGCGGAGCUGCUACGAGGCAGCUCUGAGGCGCUCUCUAACGCCACUACCUUUGAUAACGUCGUUCUCACCCUGCACCAGCACAAUGUAUCGGCGAUGAUGGCCGUGAUGUAUGAUUCAUUAGUUCAACAAACUAUUUAG